AUGGGGUUUCUUUCUGCUUCUAAGAAUCUUUUAAAUUAUUAUUCUACCACAAGCAAAACAAGCAAAAACAAGAACAACAAUCGAAGCGAUGAUGAUGAUGAUAAUAAUGAUGAUUUCCUAACAAAUUUCAGGAUUGAGAAUAUCCAAUUAAUGCCGGAAAUCCCGUUACCAGUGGUACUGGAAUUUGAACUAUCCACGAUUUUAAAUGAUCACUUGAGUUUUGAACUCAAUGAGUUGAUAAGUUCUCUCAUCCUGACGUCUAAAACUUACAGGAUCGAUCUUUCCAACAUGAUCAACCGAAUGUUGAACUAUCAAAAUGAUGAGGUUUUUCUUGACCUUAAUAAUAUCGACGAGCAGACUGAUUUGCUUUACUCCAGGAUGAAAUUAUUGGAUAUCGUCGUCAAAAAGAAUAAGAAUAACCUAAUGAAGCCUGCUACCACCAACUCGCUUGAUUCCGACCUUGAAGACAUAGUCAAUUUGACAAAUAAAUCAUCAACGAUGAUAUUGGGACUUCUAAGUGAUUUAAAGACUUUGGAGGAUAAAGUAUUGAUUUCUGAGCAAGAGAAGUUGACCAGUAAACAUUCAGUUAAUCGUUUCCACUACCCUCUAAUAUCCAAGCUAAUGACGAGAAACAAUAGUGAUCCAGGCAGUAAAGGAAACGAUGAUGAUGAUGAUGAUGAUGAUGAUGAUGAUGUUGUUGUUGUUGUCGUUGAUGCUGAUGAUGAUUAUGAUCAUGGUGGUGAUUCUGGAUUAGUCAGUAUGAAUGGUGGAAAAAAGUCUAUUGAUAACCAAGAUGGAGAGAUAUCUUCUCCCAAAGAAGUGCGAGAAGCUCAAGAUCAAGAGGAAGUAAAUGGUGCUAUAAAUAAUAUGUCAUCGAGCUCGGUACAUAUGAUAGACAUUAAUGAUAGCUUUAAAUACUUCAAAUCACCAAAGUUUCAGACUAAUAAUAAUAGCCAGCUGCGCUUGCUGGAGGUGAGUGGUGGAAAUGGCACUCCAAAAAUUGGGUUUCCACGAGUGGCUCAUUUGGAUAGUUUUCAGAAAAGCCCUAGUGAAGAAAAUAAUAUUUAUCAAUUCAAGCAGAGCUUGUUUGGAUUCAAUGAGAAUAUCAUGAGUUCUAACAAUGUUACUGCAGAGUCAUUUUCAAAGUUUGAAAGUGAUACUAUGCAGAUGGAUGGAACGAUGAAUGACAAUACCGGUCAAUUUACAAUGUUUGAAAAUGCAUCUUCUUUUGAUAAUAAUGAAAUCAAGGAAGAUGGUGAUAAUUUUGAAGAAGGGAGCAAAAGUGAACAAAAUGAAGGUGAAGCGCAAGCCGAUACUGAAGGCCAAGUUGGGACUGAAGAACAAGUGGGAAUAGAAGAGAAAAUUGGAAAGGAAGAGCAAGUUGCCGUUGGGGAAAAUAAAGAAAACCAAGAUAAUGAGGAGCAAAAAAGUCACAAGGAUAAAGGAGAUCAAGAACAUCAGGAAGAAAUACAACACAUUACACAUAAUGCAAAUAUUAAUGAGAAAGUAAUAUCAGAAAAAUCAAGCAUAUAUAUUGGGGCUCCUGUUUCCGAGGAAGAAUUGGCAAAUAUAGAGUGUCAAAGAAACGAUAAUUUGAAACAGACCUCUGCUGAUGAGAAAUCGUCACUCAUUGAGGUAUCUCCCAUCAAAGCUUCAUCUAGAAAAUGUAAUGGUCCAUCGGAAGAACGAGUAAUGAGCCCAAAGGAGCACAUGGACGAAAUUGAAAGUUUGUUGGAUAAAAGAAACUGCGAAAGACAGGCAAGGUUAAGCAAGAAUGAUAAAGUAGAUAAAGUGGACCAUAUAUUCAGUAAUGAAGAAAAUGAUGAAUUUGAAUCCAUUAGAAAGAACAAUGCUUCUUCGGAACCAGAAAAUCCAUUCAUGCUCAGGGUAUCAGGAUCACCAAUUGCCUCAUUUACUAGGAGCAGAUUGACCCCUGCAUCUGAAGUGCCGGCAAAAUUACAUGCUACUUCGAUCCUCACCUCACUAUUAGGCUCUGGUAAAAAUGAGUCUCCGAAAUUGAUGGUUGAUUCCCCAACAGUAUCGAUAUCUAAUCCGAUCAAUGCAUUGGAAGUCACUUCAGAGGUCUCUUCCAGCACGGUCAUUGCGAAACCUUAUAUCACACAUUUUGGUGAUCACCAUUCUGGUGAGGUUUUGAAUAUCAUUAGGCAGAAAGAUGAUGAAAAUAAGAGACGCAUGAGUAAUCAUGGAGAAGAUUUUUCCAAAGCCAAGCAAGGAAGCAGGCGUCAGCAUGGCAGCUUCAGCAGUACCAUCACAUCCACAGGGCUAUUGUAUAGAAUUCCUUCGAAAUCAUCUUUCACAACAUCGAUUCAUGAAGAUUGA